GCAGCAGCCCCGAGGACCCGCGACGAUGAACCUCAGUGCGCCCGCUGCGGGAAAGUGGUGUAUCCCCCGAGAAAGUCAACUGCCUGGAUAAGUAUUGGCAUAAAGGAUGUUUUCAUUGUGAAGUCUGCAAGAUGGCUCUCAACAUGAACAACUACAAAGGCUAUGAAAAGAAGCCCUAUUGUAACGCACACUACCCGAAGCAGUCCUUCACUACUGUGGCAGAUACACCUGAAAAUCUCCGCCUGAAGCAGCAAAGUGAACUGCAGAGUCAGGUCAAGUACAAAAGAGAUUUUGAAGAAAGCAAAGGGCGGGGCUUCAGCAUCGUAACUGACACACCGGAACUGCAGAGGCUGAAGAGGACUCAGGAACAGAUCAGUAAUGAAUAUGCAUUUUAUUCAAUACCAGAGGCUGUUUGCAGAUCCACUCUUCAUUAUGCAAAAACCCUUGUCACACAGACAGCAGUUUUUGACAGUGGCCUGGUCUGUGUCUGUUUUGAGGUGGAGAAGGUGAGAAAAUGUCCAGACUGGACAGACAUCAGACUCUCUGCUGGAGGUGCUGGGAGGCUCAUCCUGGAAAUUAGAAGGGAUAUGAGAUUUGAGCUCCAAGUUUAAUACAGGAUGACGUAGGUGGCGGAGAAAUAUUUUAUGAAGGGGAAGGAAAAGAGCCCCAGAUGACAAAACUUGUAUUUUACAGACUGACUGAAAUACUUUUCUUUCACUGAUGUUAAGCCUGUUUUGAUGCCUUUUGUUCCUGUGCACAGAACUGUAGGCAGUGCUGCUUGUGAAAGCAUACCUCUAAAUUCCUGUUUGAAGGACCUCUUGUUUUUGUGAAGUACCUCGUGACUUGGUUCCAAGGACAAGAGCAAGAAGUUAUGAUCAUUUUCUUCUUGUUUGCUCCUCUUUCGGAUCGACUUUUCCUCUUGCAGCUAUAUUAAUUGUAACAAAGUCAACCUUUAAUUUGUUUGAAUUAAGCUUUUGUACCAUUGCAUUCUUACAAUUACACAAGUGUCAGAACGUGCUUGUGUUUAGCAAACUAUGAAAAAGAGUAUAGGUUUAGAAAAAAGAAUAAGAGGACAAAACCUUUAAAAUCAUUCUGUUCUUUUGGAAACUUACUUUUUUUUUUUUGUAGAGAGAAUUGAUUUUCCCAAAUGGGUUUAAAUAUUUACUUUUGUUGGGUAAUUUAUUAUGAGGCCUCUGAGGGCAGUGACAUUUCUUGUUUAUGUCUGAAUUCUUCUGAACACAGUGCUUUGACUAUAAAGAAUAAGAUCGAAGCGGGAGUGGCCUUCCCAGUUGCUUUACAUGUGCAGAGGUGUUCACUUAACAUUUGCUGUGGACAUCACGUCGCACCAGGCCCGUGGAUUGUAGAAAAUAUGGGGAAACACUUUUUGUAUGGGCUUUAGACUAAUGCUAGGACACAGGAAGUGGCUGGGAGAGGCUUUCACGGAGAAGGAGAGCCUCAGUGCAAGGGGGUCUGUGAGGGAGAGAAUGGCGUUGAAAUGAGCAAGGGAAGGAAGGAAGGAAUAUGAUGAGGUUAGGAAUACCCGGCAGCUACUUGUUAGACUGCAGAGAGAGACUUUAUUACUGAAGUGUAGA